AUGCCAGCCCUCGGAAAUGGAAACCUCUCGGCAGAGCCCACCUGGGAGUUUGUGCUGGAGGGCUUCCGGGGCGGAGUAGAGACCCAGGCCCUGCUCUUCACGGUCUUCCUGGCCCUGUACCUGGUGACCGUCCUGGGAAACCUCACCAUGAUCGUGGUCAUCACCCUGGAUGCCCGCCUGCACUCCCCCAUGUACUUCUUCCUCAAGAACCUGUCCUUCCUCGACCUCUGCUACUCCUCUGUCAUCGCCCCCAAUGCCCUCUCCAACUUCUUCUCCUCCUCCAAGGCCAUCAGCUUUGCCGGCUGUGCCACGCAGCUCUUCUUUUUCUCACUGCUGGCAACUUCAGAGACGUUUCUCUUGGCCGUGAUGGCCUAUGACCGCUUUGUGGCCAUCUGCAGCCCCCUGCAGUACCCUGUGGUCAUGGGCCCUGAGACCUGUGCCCGCCUGGUGCUGAGCACCUACUGCGGGGGCUGCCUCAACUCCAUUGUGCAGACCAGCCUCACCUUCCGGCUGCCCUUCUGCAGGUCCAACCGCAUCGACCACUUCUUCUGCGAUGUGCCGCCCCUGCUCCAGCUGGCCUGCGCCAACACGGCGCUCAACGAGCUGCUUCUGUUUGGCCUGUGCGGGUUCAUCAUCGUGAGCACGACCUUAGCUGUCCUGGUCUCCUACGGCUACAUCGUGGGGACCAUCCUCAGGAUGCGCUCGGGGUCGGGGAGGCACAAGGUCUUCUCCACCUGCGGCUCCCACAUGACAGCCGUGUCUCUGUUUUAUGGAUCCCUUUUUGUCACGUACGCCCAGCCGGGAGCCGUGGCAUCCAUGGAGCAGGGCAAGGUGGUCUCCAUCUUCUACACCCUGGUCAUCCCCAUGCUCAACCCGCUCAUCUACAGUCUGCGGAACAAGGACGUAAAGGACGCCCUGCGGAGGCUGGGACAGAGACACAGCCUGAGGGAGAACACUGGGACAGAGACACACAGCCUGAGGGAGGAGGCUGGGACAGAGACACACAACCUGAGGAAGGAGGCUGGGACAGGCAUUGCCAAUCUCAUCUCAAGAGGAACUGGAACGAAGGGUGACAGAACCAAACAAAUUGCGACAGUCAACGAGCUCUAUGCCGUGGUGGGAAUCGCGCUGCCAGCCACAGGCGCGGAAGGCCUGCAGAAUCGUUACGCACAUGACGCAACAGGCACCUUCCGCAUGGUGCCAACGCAUCUUUAUUUGCGUGGCGUGGGUACGUUCUUGGCCGAGCAGACACGAGGAAAGCCCUCCGCCUGCCUGGGCCGGCCAGAGCCCGAGGCCUUCUCCACACUUUUGGCUCGAGGCGACAAUCACAGCGGACGUUCUCUGCUCAAUAAUGGCCCUUUCAGGAACUGUGCUGGCUCGGCUCCUCGGUCAGGGUCACAGGCUUGUGUCCCGGCCCCGGUGGCCUCCCGGGCCCGGGUAAAAGCCCCCGCGUCUCCUUUCACUCCCAUGGCAGGAGAAGCCCCUGCCACGCUGAGCAUGGCCCCGGGGACCGGCCGGGGCGUGGGGCCGGGCACGCUCCCCGGGGACACAAGCCCCCGGCGGGUGCGGAGGGAAAGCUCGAGCCAGCGAUGGGACGCCGAGCGGGGACUGCGGCAGACGGCAGUGAGGACGUGCCGCUACGCUGACAGCUGUGAUUCUCAGCGUGCUGACCGUUCUCCAGAGGUCUCUGAAUCCGCCUGA